AGAGAGUAACAGCAAUCCGCUAUUCCCCUCCCCUGACUCCUCACUUCCCUCCCCUUUCCAAAGUCCUGACAUUUCAAACCUCCAUGCCAUGCCACUGACACAACUACCAUGACCUUCAAAACGGAAAAAUUGAAAAACAAAGCUGGAAAUCUGACGAGGACAGUAUUCCUUUGCCUCAAUUGAGAAGUUUCCUCCUAUACUGAAAGGGAAGAGGACAGAGAUUGUUUGGACGGGAGGAUAAGAGAAAAAAUGAACAGGGAGACUGGGGUGGAGGGAAAAAAACGGAAAACAGGAAACCAACUAAUUCUGAUGCUGUUUCUGCAAAUCUUCAUGAGAUAAAUCACUCACUGGACUACCAUUGCUAAUCUACAUUUCCAGCUAUCUCACCAAUGCAAUGGAACAUUCUGUCACCGUUUUUCGUGACAGCUUUGAAUAUCUAAAGGACCAAAAGUCGUAACAAAAAAGUGACGUCAACUUUAUGCUUUGGUCAGGAACUUCUCACCCUCACCCAACGUUUUGGUCAAGAUGUGAGUGGAUAAGUCCACUUUGGGGCCUUUGGACAUUUUGGUUUGAAUGUGUUUGACAUUCUUCCUACAUUUGAUCCCUUUUGCAGGAUCUCUCACGUCAAUGGUUGUGUAUUUUUGGAUUUGUUUGUUCUGAACUGGACGACUAACUGGAUCCAGAUGAAGAAUAAAGGAGCCAAGCAGCGGUCCAAAAAGAAAGGAAGUGACAACGCAUUUGGCUGCAACCUCAUAGAACAUCUACAGAGCUCAGGACAGGAUGUUCCACAGGUUCUGAAGACGUGUGCAGAGUUUAUUGAGAAGCAUGGGGUUGUGGAUGGGAUAUACAGACUUUCAGGUGUCACCUCAAACAUCCAAAGACUCAGGCAGGAAUUCUGCACAGAGUCAUGCCCUGACCUUACGAAGGAAGUUUACCUUCAGGAUAUUCACUGUGUGGGCUCUUUAUGCAAGUUGUACUUCAGGGAGCUGCCCAACCCCCUUCUCACGCAUGAGCUGUACAAACAAUUCACUGAUGCCGCUUUAGUCCAAGGGGAUCAUGAGAAGCUGCAACAUAUUCAGGGUGUCAUCAAAGAACUCCCUGUCCCUCACUUUAGGACUCUGGAAUAUCUUACCAAGCACCUUGCUCACCUGGCCACCCUCAGCCCUCAGACUAACAUGCACACACGUAAUCUGGCGUUGGUUUGGGCUCCAAAUUUACUCAGAUCGAAAGAGGUUUUGUCCCGUAACGGGGACAUAGCUUUCCAGGAGGUGCGGGUCCAGCAGUCAGUGGUUGAAUUCAUCCUCAAUCACACAGAGCAAAUCUUUAAUAAUGGUGCUGUCCAAACGAAACCAAAAGAAGGUAUGAAAAAAAUCGAUAUUCCAAAAAGUAAAUGUAGAGCUCACCUGGUUGGAUGUAAAAAAAAAAUAAACACACACAACAAAGAAGGACAGAGUUACGCUUUUGUUUGUCCAGGCCCGAGUGUGGUGUGUGGGGAGAAGUAUGCCACGCUGCCUAUCAGUGGACAAGGAGGACCCAUGAAACUGAUGAGCCUGGAGGAGGCCCAAGCUCGCUCUCUGAGCCCCAACCACCCAGCCCGCAGAGAACGGCAGCGAGAGAACAGCCUCCCCGACACGAGCACUGCCACCCUCUACCACACGGUCUUAGACAUGUCCGAUAGCAAACGGAAGUUAUCGGGAAAAUCAAAGAAAUGGAAAUCCAUAUUCAACCUGGGCAAGUCUGUGACUGAUAGCAAGGGCAAACUGAACCGCAAUGGCAGUGUGUUGAUGAGAGAACAGAACGUAUCAGAAAAAACAACUAUUCGACCAGCUAGAAGUAUGGACUCCUUGUGCUCACUCCCAACAGAGGACGAAAAAUCAAGUAUGAGCAUGGCCGGAGGAGGCAACGGAUUCGCCAUGAAAUCCAGAACCCUGGGGUCUGACACGCUCUACGACCUCAACGAGCAGGACCAGAAGUGGGAGUGCGAUCGGACGGAAUCAGGCAAGGCGACGGGCGGCGGCAGCCCCAGCAUGAAGAGGAGAGGCUCCCCGGGCACCUCGGCGCCGCCGCCCAAAGCCCUACCAGAGCAACUCAAAGUCUUCAAAGGUGACGACCUCAGCAGCUGCCAGCCCACCUCGCCGAAGAACAGGAGGAUGCUCUACUCCGGCUCCUCCCACUCCAGCUCCUCCCGGCCCUCCUUCCCGGGAAGCCUGUUCCCUCUCGAGUCUUCCCCUCGGCACCAGCGCAAGGCUCUCAACAUCUCCGAGCCUUUCGCCGUGUCGGUGCCUCUGCGGGUCUCGGCCGUCAUCAGCUCCAACAGCACCCCCUGCAGGGCACCAGGAAAAGACAGACCCCCAGCCGGAGCUGCUCUGAAGCCCAGCAGGGAGUACAGCCAGUCUGAGCUGAGCGACGGCAACGGGGGCUCUGCUUGCAGAGAGAGUACCUUGGGUGAAAGCAGGGUAGGGAACCAACCCAGCAUGUACAGGAGCAACAGUUUUGGCUCACCUCUGGAAAUGGAGGACAGGCCAGCAGGGAAGAAGAGCAAAGAGGAUCCAAUGUCAACAAGUGUGUCUGAGGACUCAGUCUGCGAAGGAGAGAAAACAACCUUGACCGAACAACCUUCCACCCUGGAAGGCUUUCAGUCAUCGACCAACCAGACCAUCAUCUCCACCAUUGGAGAUAAACAAAUACAACAAUCACCUGGAAAACAACUGGACAACCGACUUGCACCAUACCUUGAGACAAAAAUUCAGACUCAACUGGACAGCAGAUCUUCACUUGGGAGAAAAGAACAGUGGUCUGACCUUCAUCUUGAGCUUAAAAUCACUGAGCCUGAGUUUGAUCUACUGGAAGAGGAACCAGUAUUGUGCUCCACAAAAACCAUAUGUCAAGAUGUUAAACCAAAGCUGGGUUUACAAUCAAAAAGGAGGAGCAGCCUUCCAAAUCACUCUUUGUUGUAUAAGGGACAGCCUUUUAUGUGUGCAAAGCCUCAACGGAUGGACCAUUUUGCUGCUAUGACAGGAGAACACUCAGGAAACAAGUACCCCUCAGAUACGCUGACUUCAUUUGACAAAGACUUUGAUUUCAUUGUCAGUGAGGAUACAAAAGAUCCUCUGCCUCACUCUCCCCACAUCAUCUAUAAACCAGAAAACAAACUGUCACAUAUGUCUCAAAGGAUGGACACAGAUAGUUCCUUCAAAAUGACAUCAUGGCUCCAGCUUCCUCCUCACACAGAGACAAACGUACUUCUUGCUCUUCAAAACCCGGUCACAAUCCCCCCGCCGUCAGGGAACAUCUUAGACAUUUCCAUACCUGUGGCAAAAAAAAGUCAAGGGGCAUCGGGGAAACAUACAACUGAUGACGAGAUCAAAAAGGCUGUCCGCAAAGUCAAGAAAUUGGUCACGCCUGCUGAGCUCGUAGGAGGGGUUGAGAGGCUGUCUCUUUGUCCGGAGAGACCUCACACUUUGCAGCUAGCAGCUCAGGAGGAAGAGGACGGACGUGGGGGACGAGUAGAGGAGCUGGAGUUGGUGGAGCCCUGGGAAGACUUCAGCUCCAACAAACACUGGGUCACAAGCCCUCUCCACUCCCCUACCCUCAAGGAAUUGUUUGAGAAACUCGAGGUGUCACCCCCUUUUCCAGUUGGAGAACGAACACAGCCCAAAGAAGGAGACUCUGCACCUCUUUCCUCUUCCGACAAAGACGUCAACAGAUCAGGCCCAGCUUGGGGCGCUGACCUGUUGGCAGGCCACAUCUCUCAAACAAACGGUGGCAAAACUGAGACCAACUGCUUACGUCAACAGCCCACAUCUUCCAAAACCGCCGAUGACACACGGCCACACAAAGGUCCCGGCUGCGCAGGCAGGACAAAGAACACCACCUUGACCUCUCAGAGGUUUCACAGGCAGACGUCUCACUCAGAGGCAUCUCGCAUAGAGAGGACGGAGGAAAACGGCUUUUCCAAACAUAGACCAUAUUCCCUCAAUCUAGACCUGGGACAUCGGUGCAUCAGAGACAUUUCCAAUCAACAGAACCGUAAUUCCUUUGAGUUUUCCUCAACGCAGCUAGGGGCAGGGAGCGCCUCCGGGCCUAAGCCCACCGGCAUGUCCUUGGAGCUGGAGUUGUUUCUGAACAACCGCCAGGCCCCUCUCCGACGUAACUCUGCCCCCGUUAGCGUGUCGUCCGUCAGGACGGCGUUUAUGAUCAAGACGUGCCAGGCCAAAGCUGUGCCAGUCAUCCCUCCCAAGGUGCAGUACAGCCACAUACCUCACUCCAGGCAUGACAAAAGCUCUAACGGAGCCAAGGGGCAGGGGAAGGAGGUCACGAAAACUCUGGUGGAGAACGUCGAAACUGUACCUCUGUUCCAGCCCAUUCGAAAAGUAAAGGAGGAGCUGGAAAAUGAGGAGCCUGCACCCAAAUCCCAAAGGCAGCCCAUGAUAACAGACAAAGCGACAGAGGCUUGUAAAACCGCGACAACUUCAGAUGUGACAGUGCUGAGGAGGAAGCGGCCCACUCAUUUUGAGCCUUUUGUUGAUCUGCCGAAACCUGACAGACCCAAUCUCCUGCAGAGGUCAUCCUUCAGGAGUCGUCAGAGACCCCAAAGUCUGAUCCUGUUCAGUCCACCUUUCCCCAUUAUGGACUACCCAACCUUGGGGGAUGAAGGCAAGGUUGUCCUCUCACCUAUCAAGAGCCCAACUGAAACAUUAACCCUCGAAGUCUUUUCUAAAGAGUUGACAGAUAAUAUUAGGACCCCUGAGGGAGUGACCUUGAGGAGCAAAAUGACAAUGCCCAAAAGUGGCCAGAGGCUGGAGACUUCAACCAGUUGCUUCUACCAGCCUCAGAGAAGGUCCAUGAUAUUUGACAACAGAAGCCACAGACAGAUUGAGUGAAUCCCCUCAUUCAGUACAAAAAUUUUAGUUUCUAAUUAGAACCUUGGUAUCAAAUCUUUCAAUGUUUUGGACAUGUGGAAAUGUACUCUUGCAAGAUUUGAAAUGAGCUGCAGUUUUACAUAAGUCUCUUGUCCAACUAUUUUGGGAAAUUGUUCAAAUGUCAAUUUUUAUGAUCCUCCAUGUAGGGGCUUGUUAUACAGUAAGGAACUUAUCCAAGAAAGUAUAAGAUAAUUCUUAUCAACUGCCUAAAUCAAAUCAAAUCAUGAUGUCAAAGAGGAAUGUGAAGUGUUCGUCAAUUUUUCUACUUAGAUUAUGAACUGUAAAUAUCAGUAGUGCCAUUUAGCUCAGAGAAAAGAGUCAAAUGAAUUGAUAUCUUAUUAACACACUUGAAUUUAUUAAAUAUCUAAAGCCAUGAAGUAUUUCAGAAAUCUAUAAAGUGUUCUAACAAAGCCAAGUUUGCAUGUUGUUUUGCAUGUUUACCCAGGUCAUGCAGACAACCACUUUUAAAUUGAUUUGCUUAACCUAAUGUGUCCUCAGUACUUGCUAAUUGGUUACUAUUUAUACAUUUAAGAUCCUAUUUUCACGUUGUGAUUUUUUACUUUGCACAAUGUGGAGAUACUGACAUUAGUUAUUGGAACUAUAUUCCUAAAGAAUUGUCAGCUUGGUGUGGUGUCAACAAAUUAAGAAGGGUAAUAUCUCAGUUUUUAUUAUGUUAUGGAUACUAAUAGUAUUUAUCUAGCCUGUAUUUAUCUACUGCAUAGAUAGUAGUUAACCAUUGACCCUCUUGUCACUGCAGUCUCUUUAGUGUAAACUUCCCUGAGAGUAAUUAUAAGCCACAUUGCCAGACUUUAUAUACUGUUCUGUUGUUCCCAACCAUGGUUUUGUUUUGUGAAGUUUUGUGACUUUUGAUAGUACUGUUUGGCUAGAUCACAGAAUUAUCAUAAGAUUCGGUUGGUGUUGCUUUGUUGUAAACACCAUGAUGUGUAUGUAUAGAGACACUGUGGAAUUAUAAUGAAGUCAAAUCAUGAGAAAUUUGUGAGGGUAAAAGUCCAUGUUGACAUUGGAUAGUACUCAAGACAGUGCAGUAUUAGCACAGUGAUACAAUGGAUGGCUCGCAGACACAUCAAGUAAUGUAACAUGUAUGAUUUUUUAUGAAGAACUGGACACAAUACAGUAUAUAUGUCAAUUCACUGUAAAAUCUAAAUAUUAAAAUUGCGUCUGAGAGGUU